AUGGCGCGGUGGUUCCCAGUGGGCCACAUCCUCCUGCUGGCGGCCGCGAUCGCGAUGGCGAGCCAUCCCGCCGCCCGAGGCUCGAGCUGCUCCGUCGAGGGGCCGAGAAUGGACUGCGGCUGGGUGGGCAUCGACGGGCCGACGUGCGUCUCGAGGGGCUGCUGCUGGAGGCCGGUGCACGGCGCCGACGGCGAAGACGAAGCCGGCGAAGGGGUCGACGGUGCCAGCGGCGUGGGCGACGUGCCGUGGUGCUUCCACGACACCUCCCAUGCGUCCGCCUACAACGCCUCGAGCUGCAAGGAGACAGGCAGUGGCGUCCAGGCGACCCUGGUCCUUGCCAGUCCUGCCCUGCCUUCCCUGGGGCCGGACAUCUCGCCCCUUAAGCUGUCCGUGUCCUACGAGACUAACACAAGGCUCCAUGUGAAGCUGACGGACCCCACGGAAGCUCGGUGGGAGGUGCCAGAGUCGCUGCUGCCCAGGCCGGCGCCAUCAAAAGCAUCUUACGGGACACUCUACGACUUCAACUACACCAAGAGCCCCUUUGGAUUCACAGUGUCCCGCAAAGAGAAUGGUGAAGUGCUCUUCAACACGACAGGUCACAGCCUCUUCUUCAAGGAUCAGUACGUCGCAUUGACGUCAUCAAUUCCUGAGUCUGCGGCUCUGUACGGCCUAGGCGAGACGACUCGCCCAACGGGCCUGCGGCUCCGCCCUGGGACCAUGACGACCAUGUGGAAUCGAGACAUACCUGUGGCCAACGCCAACAUCAACCUCUACGGAACUCACCCUUUCCUGCUGGACAUCCGUGAAGGUGGCCUGGCUCAUGGCGUGUUCUUCCUCAACUGCAACGGAAUGGACGUGCUGUACACGGAAUCAAUGAUUGAAUUCAGGGCCGUGGGCGGCGUUUUGGACUUCUACUUUUUCUUGGGGCCCAGCCCGAGUGACGUCAUCCAGCAGUACCAGGACGUCAUCGGCAGGCCCAUGAUGCCGCCCCUGUGGUCCCUGGGCUUCCACCAAUGCAGGUACGGCUACAAGAACGUGGAGGAGCUCGAGUCAGUGGUGGAUGGCUACGCGUCGGCCAACAUCCCGUUGGAGGUCAUGUGGAACGACAUCGACUACAUGGACGGCUACAGGGACUUCACCCUCGACAAGCUGAACUACGCGCUGCCUAAAAUGAGGUCUUACCUGCAGCGCCUGCACGACUCCAACCAGCGCUGGGUGCCCAUCAUCGAUCCCGGCAUCAUGGUGGACCCGGGGUACCCCGCCUACGACGCCGGGAUCCAGAAGGACAUUUUCCUCAAGGACGCCAGCGGAGAGAGAUAUGCCGGGAAGGUGUGGCCGCCCAUUGUCCACUUUCCGGACUGGUUCCACCCGGACGUGCAGGAGUACUGGACGGCGCAGCUCCGCCAGUUUCACGAUCAGCUGGCCGCCUUCGACGGCAUCUGGGCGGACAUGAACGAGGCGUCCAAUUUUUGCAGCGCAAACCGCAGAUCCGGGAAGCCCCUGGAUCUCGGCCGUCACGGCAUGGUGGGGACGGAUGCCUGCUCUUCGGAUUUCAGUUCGAAUUCGAGCCUGGAGCACCCCCCUUACCGGAUCAACAACGCCAACGGGGCGCCCCUCAGCGACAGGAGCAUCCCGGUGAGCAUGCUGCACCACGACGGCGUCACCGAGUACGACGCCCACAACAUUUACGGCUUCUCGGAAUCCGUGGUCACUGUCAAGGCUGUGGCCGAGAUCACUGAAGGGCGGCCAUUUGUGCUCAGCAGGUCGACGUUCCCUGGCGCCGGCAAGUACGUGGCCCACUGGUCCGGCGACAACAUGGCGGAUUGGAACAACUUAAGGUGGUCCAUUGUCUCGAUCCUGAAUGCAAACCUCUUUGGCAUACCCAUGACGGGGGCCGAUAUCUGCGGAUUCUUCGGAACUACCACUGAGGAGCUGUGUGCGAGGUGGAUUUCUUUGGGCGCCUUCACUCCGUUCACGCGCGCUCACUCCGACCACGUGCCCCAGGAACUGUACCUGUGGCCCAAGACGGCGGAUGCCGCGCGGAAGGCGCUGGGAAUGCGCAUGCGGCUCACCCCCUAUCUCUACAGCGCCUUCAAGGCCGUGCACAGCGCCGGCGGAACCGUCGCCUCUCCGCUGUGGAUGGCGUUCCCGGAGGAUUCGACGACGUACGACAUCGAUCGGCAGUUCCUGUUGGGCCCCGGCCUGCUGGUGAGCCCGGUCCUGGAACAGGGUGCGGACCGCGUGGACGCAUACUUUCCAAACGGCACGUGGUACGACCUCUGGAACAACGCCUCCAAGAUACAAGGACCGGGGACGCACAGCCUCGAGGCGCCGGUUGGGGACAUCCCCGUGCACGUGCUCGGUGGCACUAUUAUUCCCACCCAGGCCCAAGGCCCCACCACAGCGCACGUUCGAGAGACCCCCCUGAGCCUCAUCGUGGCGCUGGCGCCGGAGGGCGACCUCUCCGGGUCACUGGCUGCGCAGGGAAGCGUGUACAUGGACGCAGGAGACACUCUGAAGGUGGACGGUCCUGACAGCUUCACAGUCGAAUUUGAGGCACGCACGGCUCAUGGACGGGGCGUGCUGACGACUACAGCUGUGCCGCCAUCCAACGCCGAGCGAUCCAUCCCGCAACUCGGCGGCCUCGACGUGCUAGGCUUCGAAUGCCCGCAGGUCGACGCACGGGACGGUCCCGGGCUGCCCCACGGCGCUGCGACCAUCGAGGUCUCAGUGAAUGUGAACGGCGCGGCGCACCCGCAGGCCGCCAUCUUGCGCGACGUCGCGAGGGGGUCGCUGCACGUGAGCGGGCUGGCGACGAGCAUCGAGAGGGGCGUCAAGGUGGAAUGGCGCUGCGACAGUUCGUACCCGACGACAUGA